AUGACCCGUGCUAAAUCGGAGGAUGGAGUCUCAAAUUGUUUUGGUGUACCUCUUUCUCAGUCUUUAGAACGGACAACACAUUGUCCUCCUACAUAUAGGACCUCUAGCAUCAUACCUACUCCUCGGGAACACUCGAUAAAGGCCGAAGAAUCGCAACUAGAUGAUAGACGAUUGAGUCUUCAGAAGCUACUGGGCGAUGCACAAGAAGCCUUUAACAUUCUCGCGCAGGAAACCAGAAAAGAAACUAGAGAUCGGCCAAGCGAAAGUACUGGAAGCAUACGUCGCCGAAAGGUAGCCAGGACGAGACGCCUGAGAUACAAUAGUGCACCCCUAUCAUCUAACAGAGAACGGACCGAGGACGCUUUGACUGAGUAUGUCGAGGACCUUGUCGCUUUUCCACCUCCUAGGCACCCUUGGUCAGCUGACGAAGCUUCUCCUACGGAUGUACAUGACAGAGCAGAUAUCGUCGAGCGUCUAUUGCAUGAUACAUAUCUCAGACAUUACCAGAAUCCAAGACUUUCUAAUUGUGCUUUGCGGUUCUUUUACAAGAAUAAGAUGUUUGAUCGAGCGCAAUCUCUCUUCCUGCAAAUGGAAAGUCUUCGCUUGGACAUUGAUAUAGUAACAUGGAAUCUAAUGCUCGGUGCAUAUGCAAAAGAUGGCAGGACACGUCGAUUUACAUUCUUGCUAAAGGCAAUGAUUCAACGGGGAGUGGCACCAAAUUCCCAAACGUGGGCAUUGUUCCUCGGGCUCCCACACUCCAGAGAAGCCCAAGAGAAGAUUGUUGCUGAGAUGCGAGCGCGGAAAUUUCUGGAAAAACACUACAUACAACAACAAGUCGCGCGUAUCAUGACCUCUUCCGAAAUCACCAAACACCUUGCGCUCGGGAGAGAUAGCCAGACUUUCUGCGACUACAUGCGUCGCCAGUAUGGAGAAGCCUGGAUGUCUGAUUCUGCGGGCAACACCAUAAUAAAAAAGAUUAUGGGCAAUCCAAGUAGUACCAUUACUGUGAUCCAGGCAGUGAGGACCUUGUAUGAUCUUAAGCAGCAAGCAUUCCUGCCUCGUCGAACGUUACAAAUCUUCUACCGAGCUUGCAAGCGACUCGAUAACCUAGAUCUAUUCUUAGAAAUUCUGCAUAUCUUCACGAUUCAUUUUGGACUCGAGCCCGGGUUUCGAGAACAUGAAAUGCUUUUUCGUUGGGCGUGGCGUGCUCGGUCGCUCAACCUCUUCCGCACAAUAUGGAUCUCGGCUUAUCUGAACAAUUUUGUACAGUCCAGCAUGCGGACUCUCAUGCGAAGAAGCACAGGCGAGUACAAGAGCGCUACCGACGAAACAGAACCCUUGGAUUCAUUCGACAAGCUCGCAGCCUGGUUUGCAACUGGCCCGGUUCCCGUAAGUUCCGAAAGAAUUCUGCUCUUGAAGGGCAGUGUGGCAACAGAGCUUGGCCGUGCCACUGCUCGUGCGGACUUUUUGGACUGGGGUAUCGUGCCCUUGCUGCAACAGGCCAUUAGUGUAGAUCGCAAUUGGGCUGCUCGCGGCUUUUGGGAGUCUGCGCGAGUCCGAGCAGAGCUACUGCCAGUAAGGCCUGUCGAGGCAAGUGGAGAGAUGGAAUCUCAUUUGGUCUCUGGAUCGCCCAUGUCGGAAGAGGGUAUGAUGACUGCACAGCAAGCAUUCGAGCCGACAGUGAACGGAGGACGUACAUGUGAUAUGGAAAGCGCUGAUCUCAGUGUUAGGGUGAAAGCCUAUCCAAGUCUGUCCGAUGCUGAGUAG